AGUAGUCCAUUAAACAAACUUAUCUACGUUUUGAUAGAGACAACCCUUUCACAAGAAUUCGCUAUUCUCUAAAGAACUUAUAACAAGUUUGAAUUUGGGUAGAGAGGAACUUGUUUUGUUUGUGUGAAGAAAAAGAAAUGGGAGAAGGAGAAGAAAAUGGUAAUGAAGCAGAUUCAAAUGAGAGAUCUUUGGCAUUGUCACCUACUUGGUCUGUUGCUAUAGUGUUGACUGUCUUCGUUGUUGUUUCUUUGAUCGUUGAGCGCUCCAUUUAUCGUCUUAGCACUUGGUUGAGGAAGACAAAGAGGAAACCUAUGUUUGCUGCAUUAGAGAAGAUGAAAGAAGAGUUGAUGCUGCUUGGAUUCAUAUCACUUCUUCUAACAGCUACCUCAAGUACAAUAGCCAACAUAUGUGUCCCUUCAAGUUUCUAUAAUGACAGAUUUGUUCCGUGUACACGAUCUGAGAUCCAAGAAGAGCUCGAAAGCGGUUCAACUGUCAAGCGGAAUCUUUUAACAAAAUCACUCUUUUUCAACAUCUUUAGGAGAAGGUUGGAUGUCAUCAAACGAACCACCUGCAGCGAGGGGCAUGAGCCGUUUGUUUCAUAUGAAGGCCUUGAACAGUUGCAUCGCUUCAUCUUUAUAAUGGCGGUUACUCAUGUAACUUACAGCUGCUUGACCAUGCUCCUUGCAAUCGUCAAGAUUCAUAGUUGGAGGAUCUGGGAAGAUGUAGCUCGUAUGGAUCGACACGAUUGCUUAACUGCGGUGGCACGGGAAAAAAUAUUCCGAAGGCAAACAACUUUUGUCCAGUAUCAUACAUCAGCACCUCUGGCCAAGAAUAGAAUUCUUAUAUGGGUGACAUGUUUCUUUCGGCAAUUCGGACGUUCUGUUGAUCGUUCUGACUAUCUUACUCUCCGCAAAGGAUUCAUUGUGAAUCACCACCUCACAUUAAAGUACGAUUUUCACAGCUACAUGAUUCGUUCUAUGGAAGAAGAGUUCCAAAGGAUCGUUGGUGUGAGUGGGCCGCUUUGGGGAUUCGUAGUUGCUUUCAUGCUCUUUAAUAUAAAAGGGUCGAAUCUCUAUUUUUGGAUAGCAAUCAUUCCGGUUACGCUUGUUCUUCUGGUUGGUGCUAAGUUGCAACACGUAAUAGCAACUUUGGCAUUGGAGAAUGCCGGGUUAACCGAGUAUCCUUCCGGAGUAAAGCUGAGACCUCGGGAUGAACUUUUCUGGUUCAAUAAACCAGAACUACUCUUGUCACUUAUCCAUUUCAUUCUAUUCCAGAAUUCUUUUGAACUGGCUUCGUUCUUCUGGUUCUGGUGGCAGUUUGGGUACAGUUCUUGCUUCCUUAAGAAUCAUUACCUUGUUUACUUCAGACUUCUUUUAGGAUUUGCUGGACAGUUUCUAUGCAGCUAUAGCACACUGCCACUUUAUGCACUAGUCACUCAGAUGGGAACGAACUAUAAAGCGGCUCUAAUACCUCAGAGGAUAAGAGAGACGAUUCGCGGUUGGGGAAAAGCAACGAGAAGGAAAAGAAGGCACGGGUUAUAUGGCGAUGAUUCAACUGUUAGAACAGAAACAAGCACGAUUGCAUCUAUUGAAGAAUAUGAUCAUCAAGUGCUUGAUGUUACCGAAACUUCUUUCGAACAACAACAGAAACAACAACAACAAGGUACUGAUGAGCUUGAGUUGCAACCAAUCCAACCUCGUAGUGAUUGUGUACCUAAUGAAUCUUCAAGUAGAGUUGGAACACCUCUUCUUCGACCUUGGCUCUCCAUUUCUUCACCAACAACAACCAUAGAGUUGAGAUCAGAACCUAUGGAACCACUCUCGAGAUCGUCUUCAUUGCCAAGUGAGAAGAGAGUCUGAUAAUAUCUCUCUAUUAACGGGUUUUAGUUGAAUAUAAGUUCGUAGGAGUA